GUUUCUUGCAUCGUUUGACUUUGUGGUGAGGCUGACGCUGAGAGACCAUACCCCGCAACCCACCCUCUCCUACAUCUUCUCCUUCCUUCCAAGUUUUAUUAAUUUAAUUCAAUUCCUUUCUUCUCUCUACGAAAUUUCUUCCAAAUCCAACCAAAACUAACUCAAUUGUUUUGGAGAAAAAACAAAACAAAAAUAAGGAAUGAGCUUCCAAGAUCUCGAGGCAGGCUCCGCCAGCGCCACCGCCAGCGCCAGGUCCCAACGCCAAGACCCAUCUCAGGCUUUGGCUUCGGGGAUUUUCCAAAUCAACACCGCCGUCUCUUCCUUCUUCCGCCUCGUCAACUCCCUUGGCACCCCCAAAGACACUCUUCAACUUCGAGAAAAACUACACAAAACAAGGAACCAUAUCGCACAAUUGGUGAAGGAGACUUCAUCCAAACUCAGGCAAGCCAGUGAAGCCGAUCACCAACAUAAUAAUCAAAUUACUACUGCCAAGAAAAUUGCGGAUGCCAAGCUAGCUAAGGAUUUUCAGUCAGUUCUGAAAGAAUUUCAGAAGGCUCAGAGACUUGCAGCUGAAAGGGAAACAACCUAUGCUCCUUCUCUUCCCAAACAACCAUUUGUAUCAACAAGUUAUUCGGUUAAUGAACCAGAGAUUUCUUAUAACACAAAUCAUGAAGAGCAGAGUCUUCUUUUUGAAUCCAAAAGAAACGAAGUGUUAUUGUUGGAUAAUGAAAUUGUAUUCAAUGAAGCCAUUAUUGAAGAAAGGGAACAAGGGAUUCAAGAAAUUCAGCAUCAGAUCGGCGAAGUGAAUGAGAUUUUCAAAGAUCUAGCUGUUCUAGUCCAUGAUCAAGGAGUAAUAAUUGACGAUAUUGGCUCCAACAUUGCCAAUUCCCAUGCUGCAACUUCACAAGCUACUCAUCAACUUGCAAAAGCAUCCAAGCUCCAGAAAUCUAGUUCUUCUCUGACAUGUUUGCUUUUGCUGAUUUUUGGAAUCAUUCUUCUGAUUGUGAUUAUAAUCGUGGUUGCUUGAGCCACAGCCAAUUUGAAUUGAAGCUCCGGAAGAAGAGGCUGCAAGUUUGGUUUAGGUUUGAGGUACCCUCGCAGAAGUUACAGAUGAUCACUUGUAUAUUAUACCUCUAAAUAUUUUUGUUUAAGAGAAAAGAUUAAAAAGCUCUGAAAUUUGAUUGAAUUUAUAUGAUAUUCAUUGCA